GUCACCUCUUUCCACUCGCUAUAACAUCUCCCAUGCGCGACCACUCCCGUCGUUAUGAGGCUAUAGCCGACGGAGGCCCAAGUCCCUAGAACUGCUUACCGGAGUUUCGAGAUAUCAUAGAUAUCCUUUUCUCGUUAACUUUCAGAUUUACAUGCCAAGGAUCGAAACUCCAUCGCAUUCAACAAUCCUCCUAGUAGCAUCUUAAGCACUCAAGACAUGCCGCCUCCCCCACCGCCGCCGCCGCCGCCGAUGCCCGGCCGCGGUGGGCCUCCUCCGCCACCUCCUCCGCCCGGAGGACCUCCAGGAGCUGGGGGUCUCCCCACACGACCACCCGCAGCAGGGGUUGGCAGGGGAGCACUUUUGUCAGAUAUCUCGAAAGGGAGGCCCCUCAGGAAGGCAGUCACGAACGAUCGAUCUGCGCCAAUUGUUGGAACGACCUCUAGCGGUCCCGGUCACUCUCCUUUGGGAGGCGCACCACCGAUUCCAGGCAUACCCAAAGCAGGUGGCAGCCUCGCGCCACCAGUUCCCGGGAACAGAGCGAGGAGUAAUAGCGACCACAGCGAGAGGCAACAGGCGGCCCCGGCUGUGGAUGGUGCGCCCCAGCUUGGAGGUUUGUUUGCUGGAGGUAUACCUAAGUUGCGGAAGACUGGAGGGGGCGUUGACACUGGAGCAAGCCGAGAUGCCUCGUACCUCUCAGACCCAGAACCAUCUUCCAGGACAUCGCCAAACCCACCUUCGAUGUCGGCCCCUAGACCGCCGGGAGGAACAGCGCCUGCAAUACCCGGUCGCCCAUCCCUCCCAGGGGCGGCGAGCUCGACAUCAUUUCAUCCAUCCAUUGCGAACUUAAGAAAGACGGCGAACAGAGAUGUGGCGCGGCCGAUGUCGUCCGUUUCCAUGAUGGCAUCGUCCAAGGGCCCACCACCUCCAGUUGGCAAGAAGCCGCCACCCCCUCCAGGCGCCCGCAAACCAUCCAGCACAGCUGCCCCGUCCGCACCGCCGCCUCUGCCAGGAGCACCAGCUCCGCCUCCGCCGCCCCCUCCAUCAUCAUCCGCCCCAUCGCUUCCGCCGGCACCACCGCCUCCCCCGCCCGCGGCAGCCCCACGCCUUCCUCCCCCUCCCGGCCGCUCACAGCUGCCGCCUCCGCCCCCGCCCCCGCCCCCAACAUCGUCAGCACCCAACGGCCUCUCCCCAAGCAUAGCGCUGCAAGCCGCUAUUCGGGCUGCAGCGGGCGCCCCGUCGCCAACUUCCGCCCCCCCCCCACCACCUCCCCCGCCGCCGGGUCACCCACCCCGCUCAUCGGCGCCCAGCCCACCGCAUGCCGCGCCAGCGCCGCCAGCGCCCUCGCUCUCCCACUCGACCUCGGCCAGCUCGGCCAGGUCGCACACCCCCUCGAUGCUCCGCUCCUCCCUCCUCGACCCCAGCAACUUCACGCUGAUGCACAACGGCGCCGGCUCCAAGAGCCCCAGCCCGACGAGAAACGCGUCGAACCCGCCAAACAUGGGGAGUCUCGGAGGCGGUGGCGGCGGGCGGGAAAGGUUCGUGGUGCAGGACCCGCGGUGGAAGUUCGUCAGCGAGGACAAGUUCCCCAAGCCGAGGGAUUUCGUUGGCGGCGCGAGGCGGUACCGGGCGGGAAGGGGGAGCAGCGUGCCGCUGGACCUGUCGGCCUUGUAAGUGAGGUCUGGGUGUGGGAGUAGGGAGGCAGGAUGUGGCGAAUUGAGGUGCGCGGUGAGAGGUGGCCGACUCGACAGAGAAGGAUGGCCCGCCUCCCUGAUGAAUAAUAGGUGGCUGCUGGUGAUGUGUGGUCUUUACGCCAUAUUCUUGGGGAUUUUCUCUACCGGGCUGCGGGCGGUCAUAGGGUGUAUUGUAUGUACAUGGAAUUAGUGAAGGUCCAACAGAAUGAAUGGCGUCGAUGCUGCAUGCGAGAGGCAACAGGCAGCCUCCCCAAACUUUCACUUCCACGUCACCAUGGCAGUAGUAUUUUGAACAUGCUGUUAUGUUCUGACUUUGGACUCGAUAUUGUUCCAUAUAUCUGGCCUUUUUGCUUGGCCUAAAACUCGGCACCAAAAUAAUCAAG